GCGGGCUCACUGGAGCCGAGCGCGGCUCCGUGCGUUUCCAGGCGCUGCUCUCCAGUGUGCCGAGAACGCUUAGCCGCAGAGAACGCUGAGCUCGGAGCGCAGCAAGGAGGCGCGGCCUGGUCCUCGCGCUUGGGAGACAGAUGCGCCCGGGCGUCGGGGAAUGCGGACCUAAGCUCGGGUGAAGCUCUCGGGAAGGGCAAGACGGCGGCGACGAGAUGCGAGCGGAGGAGUCCUGCGCCCCCCAGUCCCCCAGUGCCCCGGGAGCCCAGCGCGCGCCGGGCCCCGAGCUGCGCCUGUCCAGCCAGCUGCUGCCGCAGCUCUAUACUUUCGUGGUGCGCGUGCUGUUCUACCUGGGACCUGUCUACCUGGCCGGCUACCUGGGGCUCAGCAUAACCUGGUUGCUGCUCGGCACCCUGCUGUGGAUGUGGUGGCGCAGGAACCGCCGUGGGAAGCUCGGGCGUCUGGCCGCCGCCUUCGAAUUCCUCGACAAUGAACGCGAGUUCAUCAGCCGCGAGCUCCGGGGCCUGCACCUGCCAGCCUGGAUCCACUUCCCGGACGUGGAGCGGGUCGAGUGGGCCAACAAGAUCAUCUCUCAGACCUGGCCCUACCUCAGCAUGAUCAUGGAAAGCAAGUUCCGGGAGAAACUUGAGCCCAAGAUCCGGGAGAAGAGCGUCCACCUGAGGACCUUUACCUUCACCAAGCUCUACUUUGGACAGAAGUGCCCCAGGGUCAACGGUGUCAAGGCACACACUAACAAGUGCAACCGAAGACGUGUGACGGUGGACCUGCAGAUAUGCUACGUCGGAGACUGUGAGAUCAGCGUGGAGCUGCAGAAGAUUCAGGCUGGUGUGAACGGGAUCCAGUUGCAGGGCACCCUGCGGGUCAUCCUGGAGCCCCUACUAGUGGACAAGCCCUUCGUGGGAGCCGUGACUGUGUUCUUCCUUCAGAAACCGCACCUGCAGAUCAACUGGACAGGCCUGACCAACCUGCUGGAUGCGCCGGGAAUCAAUGAGGUGUCAGACAGCCUGCUGGAGGACCUCAUUGCUGCCCACCUGGUGCUGCCCAACCGUGUGACUGUGCCUGUGAAGAAGGGGCUGGACCUGACCAACCUGCGCUUCCCUCUGCCCUGCGGGGUGAUCAGAGUGCACUUGCUGGAGGCAGAGAAGCUGGCCCAGAAGGACAACUUCCUGGGGCUCCGAGGCAAGUCAGAUCCCUACGCCAAGGUGAGCAUUGGCCUGCAGCAUUUCCGGAGUAGGACCAUCUACAGGAACCUGGAUCCCACCUGGAAUGAGGUGUUUGAGUUCAUGGUGUAUGAAGUCCCUGGGCAGGACCUGGAGGUAGACCUGUAUGAUGAGGAUACUGACAGGGAUGACUUCCUGGGCAGCCUGCAGAUCUGCCUUGGAGAUGUCAUGACCAACAGAGUGGUGGAUGAGUGGUUCGUCCUGAAUGACACAACCAGCGGGCGGCUGCACCUGCGGCUGGAGUGGCUUUCACUGCUCACUGACCAGGAACCUCUGACGGAGGAACAUGGUGGCCUUUCCACUGCCAUUCUCAUUGUCUUCUUGGAGAGUGCCUGCAACUUGCCGGUGAGUGGUGACAUGUCCAUAGUGUCACACACAUGCAACGAAAGUGCCCAUCACUUUCAAAUGGUCCUGUGUUGCUUUAACCCCAUUAUUCCUGUGCUGCAGAGAAACCCUUUUGACUACCUGAAUGGCGAAUAUCGAGCCAAAAAACUCUCCAGGUUUGCCAGAAACAAGGUCAGCAGAGACCCUUCUUCCUAUGUCAAACUAUCAGUAGGCAAGAAGACACAUACAAGUAAGACCUGUCCCCACAGCAAGGACCCUGUGUGGAGCCAGGUGUUCUCCUUCUUUGUGCACAGUGUGGCCACUGAGCAGCUCCAUCUGAAGGUGCUUGAUGAUGACCAGGAGUAUGCUCUGGGAAUGCUGGAGGUCCCCCUGUGCCAGAUCCUCCCCUAUGCUGACCUAACUCUUGAGCAGCGCUUUCAGCUGGACCACUCAGGCCUGGACAGCCUCAUCUCCAUGAGGCUGGUACUUCGGUUCCUUCGAGUGGAGGAACGAGAGCUGGGGAGCCCAUACACAGGACCUGAAGCCCUAAAGAAAGGCCCUCUGCUCAUCAAGAAGGUGGCUACCAACCCGGGUCCCAAAGCCUCACCUCAGGACGAAGGCCCUACAGAUUUGCCAUGUCCCCCAGACUCUGCUUCUGAAACUAAGGACACAACCAAGAUUACCACAACCACCACCAGUGCUACCACUGCUGCCACCGUUGCCACUGAGCCCACACCCCAAGAGACAGGCCCAGAGCCCAAAGGCAAGGACAGUGCCAAAAGGUUCUGUGAGCCCAUGGGGCAGAAGAAGAGUUCAACCACCAUCUUCCUGACUGUCCCAGGCCCCCACUCUCCAGGACCCAUCAAGUCACCCAGACCCAUGAAAUGCCCGUCUUCCCCAUUCCCAUGGCCGCCCAAGAGGCUGGCUCCCAGCAUGUCCUCGCUCAACUCCCUGGCCUCUUCCUGCUUUGACCUGGCAGAUAUCAGCCUCAACAUUGAAAGUGGGGACCUCAGGCGGCGGCAGCUGGGCGAGAUUCAGCUCACAGUGCGCUAUGUGUGUCUGCGGCGUUGCCUCCGCGUGCUCAUCAACGGCUGCAGAAACCUGACACCAUGUACCAGCAGUGGAGCUGAUCCCUACGUCCGUGUAUACUUGUUGCCAGAAAGGAAGUGGACAUGUCGUAAGAAGACUUCAGUGAAGCGGAAGACCUUGGAACCCCUGUUUGAUGAGACAUUUGAAUUUUUUGUUCCCAUGGAAGAAGUAAAGAAGAGGUCACUCGAUGUUGCAGUGAAAAAUAGUAGGCCACUAGGCUCACACAGAAGAAAGGAGUUAGGAAAAGUACUGAUUGACUUAUCAAAAGAAGAUCUGAUUAGGGGCUUUUCACAAUGGUAUGAGCUGACUCCAAAUGGACAGCCCAGAAGCUGAUGAUGAGAAUCCUUAUCAUUCACCUUUAUGUUAAAAUGUGUAUAUAUGUAUUUAUUUUUUCUUUUGGAUCAUGUACAUCAAACAAUGUCAUUUAAAUCAGAACAACCACUUGAAAUUAUAUACAUACAUUCUUGUGUAGAAUUUAACUGCAUGACUGAAUAGCAUAAGGAAGAGGUUAUUUAAAAGCAAGAACUACUUUUUUUGUUGGAUUUUUUUCAAGUCCAGAAAGAAAUGAUAUUUUUGUGCCUACUAAAUUAUCCAAAACCUCAGUGGUGAUUUUUCACUUUUAGUAGGUAAUUAUAUACCAUCUGAUUUAGGACUUGCCUGAAUAUAUGUAUGUACCAGAAAGUGUCCUGCCCCUGGCAUAGGAGCUGGGGCAGGUCUGUUUCUAGAGCCACUACCAGCAUUCCUGGGAGUGACUGGUUAAAGGGAAACAGAACUGCCAAGAGCUAACACUGCCAAAGCCCUUCUGGCUGCCACCUGUGGUACUUGUCUGCCUGGAGAUUUGUUCUUUUAUUUGACCUGGAGCUAAAAAUGUAUUUCCCCAGUGGCAAAAAUGUCAUGUAUUUAAAUACCUUGAGUUAAAUACUCUUGUGUGGUCUAAGGGCCAAAACUCCAGCAUAUAGCAUUAUUUCCAUAGGAAAA